AUGGCCAAGCGAAACAUUCUGUUGAUGAUCGCCGACGACCUUGGGAAGCAACUGGGCUGCUAUGGAAACUCGAAGAUUCAAACGCCUCAUCUUGAUCAACUGGCACGUGAUGGCACCAGGUUUGAUCAAGCCUUCACCAGCACGGCAUCAUGUAGUGCGAGUCGCUCCGUGAUUUAUACAGGUCUUCAUACCCACCAGAAUGGGCAGUAUGGCCUUCAUAACGGGCGCCAUCAUUUUACCACAUUUGAUCACGUCGAAACAGCCCCCGCGCUCUUUUCACAGCACGGAUAUUUGACCGGAUUGAUUGGAAAAGUUCAUGUUGGGCCUUCCUCGGUGUAUCCAUGGGAGACGUGCGCCGAAAGUGAUAGUCGCAAUGUUGCCAACGUGGCAGACCAGGCCUCUGCAUUCUUCAAACGCUCCGUAUGCGAGGAAUCUCCAUUUUUCUUGACCAUCGGGUUCAUUGAUCCGCAUAGGGACCUGACUCGUUCGGGAUUUGGUAAUAAUAGCCAGUAUGAUCCCCGGGUGAAGCAGAUUGACUACUCUCCAGAGGGAAUCGCGGUGGAGCCAUUUGUGAAUGAUCUACCGGGCGUCCGAUUUGAAUUUGCUGAGUAUUAUCGAUCCAUCUCGCGCCUCGAUCAGGGCGUAGGCAUGGUUCUGGAGGAACUUGAGAAGAAUGAUCUUGCUGAGGAUACCCUGGUGAUCUUCAUGAGUGAUAAUGGUCCUCCCUUUAUCAACUCCAAAACAACUUUAUACGAUGCCGGCAUCUGUCUACCCCUACUUAUCAAGUGCCCUGGCUCCGAGGCCGGGAUAGCGAACCCUAACAUGGUAUCUUAUAUCGACAUUUUACCCACUCUGCUAGACUGGGCAAACCAUCCAAGUCCGGAGCACCCGGCACGCCUGGGCCGUUCUUUACUCCCCAUUCUCUCUCAAUCCUCGCAGAUCGACUUCUGGGAUCAAGUAUUUGGUUCCCAUACCUUUCAUGAGAUCACCAACUACUGGCCAACCCGUUUCAUGCGCAAUCGCCGGUUCAAGUAUCACCGCAACAUUGCCUGGCGUUUGGACUUCCCGUUUGCUGCUGAUAUUUACGGCUCCCUCGCCUGGGAGGACAUCCGUAACUCUGACAUAAGCCCCAAGAUGAUUGGGAAACGCCCGCUCAAGAACUAUUUUUUUCGCCCCCCAGAGGAGCUGUACGAUAUCCAGGCGGAUCCUCACGAAGUAUGCAACCUGGUCAAUAAUCCGGAAUAUGGCCCGGUUUUGGAUGAGAUGCGCUUGGCGGUUGAACAAUGGCAGCGGCGGACUGAGGAUCCCUGGCUCUUUCGUGAUGGAGUUUCCAUGCUCCUUGUGCGACAACAUCUUGCAGCUGGAUUGGAAGUUCCCGAUCGUUUUGACUUUAAUGAACGAGAACCCGAAAGCAAAGGCCAGGUCAUCUUUGAUUCGAAGCUGGCAUGGGGCCCUGCUGUCGACUCUGGAUUGGUGGAAUGA